AUGUCAUCAUCCCCAGAGUUUGAUCCCAAUACUUAUUUUGUCCAUUAUUACAAGAGAACGGAAGAUGAAGAUAUAUCCAUUUUAAAAUGGCCCGAUCCCUUAGUCUUGUUGGCAAUUUUAGCUUUGUGUGCAAGGUUGCACCCAACACUGGUGCGUCGCUAUGGAGAAUUCAACGAGGAUGUCGAUCCUCAGCUUUAUGUGCCAAAUUUGGUUGCCCGUGGAAAUCAGGAAGAUAAUCUCAAAUCUUAUUCGCAUUCAGCUUCCAAGUACUUUGGAUGGCAUGCUCGAAUGAUGUUAAGAAACGUAUUUGAUAGGCCUACUGUCCAAAGAGUUCAGGCUUUGACAAUGUUAAGUAGUCAUGAAUGGGGUGAAAAGAACGUCGCCAGAAGUUUCUCCUAUAUCGGUAUUGCAGCAAGAAUGUCUCUUUUACUAGGACUAGGAGAAACUAAUUCUUUAUGCUAUGAGAACGAGAAAUUGAAAGGAUCAGACCAGAAGUCAACGUUUAUCAGGCAAGAAGUUAAGCGCAGAACUUUAUGGUCUGUUUAUAUGAUGGACCGCUGUAUUUCGAGUGGUCGAAACAGAUCCUCUGCAAUAAGAGUUGACGAUAUUAAUAUUCCACUUCCAUGCAGUGAACGAGAUUUCGCAUUCGGUACCAAUGUUAAGUGUAUGACUUUUAAAGAGUUGACUUCAGUGCUGGAAGAGGGUAAACCAACUGAUUUGUUAUCUAAAUCCACUUCUACAUCUUUCACUAUAGCCACUUUCGAAAUUUGGGCACAUACUGCCAAAUGGGCCGGAGAAGGAGGUGCCAAGAAUGAGACUGUAGAUCCAUGGCUCAAAACAUCUACUCAUAAUAAGUUGUCUGAGCAGCUUGAUAACUUGGAAAAUAUGCUUCCCUCACACCUUCAGUACAAUUCCAUCAAUCUUGAUGCGCAUAUUGCAGACAAUUCUGCAGGUUCCUUUGGAUACCUUCAUUGUAUUAUCUUCUUAUCGCGGAUCUUUUUGAAUAGGGAAUAUCUAUACGUGACUCCAGAAUCUCUCAAGAAGGGAUGGUGGGAAUCAUGUACAAAGAAGUUGGUAUCAUCAGUUAAAAUGAGCUCAACGUUGAUUAAUACUCUUUCUUCGUUGAAUUUGAUGGUGGUGGCACCUUUCACUGGCUUUGAGAUAUUUACAAAUGCAGGUACUGCACUGUAUCUCUCUUCGUUUCCUUCAAAUGUACUGCAAGCUAAUCUCCAGCACUUUAAAUUUCCCACUAAGGAUUUCCAAGAAAUCUCUUUACAAAAUAGUCGAUUAUUGAGGCAUUGGGGAGAUGUAUGGACUUUGGCCAACUGUUGGGUCGAAUGGAUAGAAGAGAUGAGGAAGAUGUUCAACCACGUGACUAUCAGAAUUGGCCAGGAUACGGAAGGUUCUUCUCUAAGAAAUAUCCUCUUGGAUUAUGGGUCACCCAUUAUUGAGGAUGAAAACGAUCGUUCCGUGAAAACGGAAGAUAGCAGUCCCUUUAUUGAUAGUAAAAGAACUGACUCCGUGGGUGAAGCUCCUAUUGCCCUUGAGAUAUCGACUCAACAAUCCCAGCAUCCAAACAUACCUGUACUUUCUCACAGUCCGUUAAUUAGAACACCCAACUCCCUUGAAUAUGGUCCAUCCAACUUAGAAUCAUUAGAAUAUUUUGAUAUUGGCUCCAUUUUUCCCGGAUGGUACGACGCUAUCCAUGCUGAUGAUCCAAGAAAUAUUUAUUGA